AUGUGUAGAGAAGGAGGAGGAGCCUCGUUUGUAGAGAAUGAGAUUGAAAGAAUUUCAAGGGAUGAUAGAAGUUCCCAUCACAGCAUUUCCAGCGGUAUUCUUCCUUCUCUUGGUGCCCAUAGCAACAAAAGGUCCAAGCUUCGUCGUUGCAUCAUCUCCCCUUUUGAUCCCCGUUACAGAGUUUGGGAUACAUUUCUGGUAUUCUUGGUCUUCUAUACAGCAUGGGUCUCUCCAUUUGAGUUUGGAUUCCUAGAUGAACCCUCAAUAGCUCUCUCAAUUACAGACAAUGUUGUUAAUGGAUUUUUUGCUAUUGAUAUCAUUUUAACAUUUUUUGUGGCAUACCUUGAUAAGGCCACAUAUCUUCUUGUGGACAACCCAAACCAGAUAGCAUGGAGGUAUGCAAGAACAUGGUUGCUUUUUGAUGUGAUAUCCACAAUCCCUUCCGAAUUAGCAAGGAAGGUUUUACCUAAACCUCUGAAACAAUAUGGCUACUUCAAUAUGCUUCGGCUCUGGCGUCUUCGUAGAGUCAGUAAAAUGUUUGCAAGGUUGGAGAAGGAUAGGAAUUUUAGUUACUUUUGGGUUCGAUGUGCAAAGCUUAUCUGUGUGACUCUUUUUGCAGUUCACUGUGCUGGUUGCUUCUAUUAUCUUUUAGCUGCUCACUACCAUGAUCCCAAAAACACAUGGAUCGGUCUCAUGGAUAAUUUUGAUGAGCAGAGUUUGUGGGUUCACUAUAUAACUUCAAUGUAUUGGUCGAUCACCACCCUAACAACUACUGGUUAUGGUGAUUUACAUGCAGUUAACUCACGGGAGAAGCUAUUUGACAUUUUCUAUAUGCUAUUCAACCUUGGUCUCACAGCAUAUCUUAUUGGAAAUAUGACCAACUUGGUUGUUCAUGGAACCGGUAGAACUAGGAAAUUUAGAGAUACUAUUCAAGCUGCAUCAAGUUUUGCUCAAAGGAACCAGCUGCCUCCUCGCCUUCAGGAUCAGAUGCUUGCCCAUCUGUGCUUGAGAUACAGAACAGACUCUGAAGGCCUUCAGCAACAAGAAACUCUUGAUGUACUUCCAAAAGCAAUUCGUUCAAGUAUCUCACAUUAUUUGUUUUAUUCACUUGUUGAUAAGGUCUACUUGUUUCACGGAGUAUCAAAUGACCUGCUUUUUCAACUGGUUUCUGAGAUGAAAGCUGAGUAUUUUGCACCCAGGGAAGAUGUGAUUUUGCAAAAUGAAGCUCCAACAGACUUAUACAUUCUAGUGACUGGAGCAGUUGAACUUAUCGUGCUCAGAAACGGAAUAGAACAGGUGGUUGGGGAGUUGAAAACAGGGGAUGUUUGUGGUGAAAUAGGUGUUCUUUGCUAUAGGCCACAAGUUUUCACUGUUCGAACAAAACGUUUGAGCCAACUAUUGAGGUUGAAUCGCACUGAUUUUUUGAACAUUGUCCAAGCAAGUGUUGGAGAUGGGACCAUAAUUAUGAACAAUCUUCUUCAGCAUUUGAAAGAUCAAAUGGACCCUUUUACAGAUUCAAUUUUGGCAGAAACAGAACACAUGCUUGCAAAAGGGCGCAUGGAAGUGCCUCUUAGUUUAUGUUUUGCAGCAGCAAGAGGAGAUGAUUUACUCUUGCAUCAAUUGCUGAGACGUGGUACGGAUCCAAAUGAAUUGGACAGCAGUGGACGUACAGCACUGCAUAUUGGAGCAUCAAAAGGUAGUCUUGAAUGCGUGCUGCUACUUCUAGAUUAUGGAGCAGAUCCGAAUAGAAAAGAUUCUGAUGGGAAUGUUCCCUUGUGGGAUGCGAUAUUGAAUAAGCAUGAAGCUGUUAUUAAGUUGUUAAUAGACAAUGGUGCAAAUAUAUCUUCUGGUGAUGUGGGUGGUUUCACAUGCUUCGCUGUUGAGCAAAACAACUUAGAGUUGCUUAAAGACAUAAUUAAGUACGGUGGAGAUGUCACACUGCUUAACAGUUUAGGCACUACAGCGCUACAUACAGCUAUUUCUGAAGACAAUGCUGAAAUGGUUAAGUUCCUGAUAGAGCAAGGAGCUGAUGUUGACAAACCAGAUGUGCAUGGUUGGACGCCAAGAGCUUUAGCUGAUUAUCAGGCAAACGAAGGGAUAAAACUUUUAUUGCAGAAUCAGAAAAAAUCUACUAGACAACCUGUCGCAUCUUCCCCUCAGAUGCAAGCUGUAUCUUACCUCAAAAAAUACCAGAGUGAGCCUACCCUGCCUCCUUUAACCCCAGAAGUCGCAGUGAGUGUUACAGAGGCUGAUACAUCCAGAAACCGCUUGAAACGAAGGGCAAGUAAUUUCCGCAAUUCCUUGUUUGGGAUCAUGUCAGCUGCAAAUAGACCUAAUGAAGGAGGAAAGAGUAUUGCUGCAUCUCCAAUUAAUGUAAAUACACUUAAUCAUGCUAGAGUGACUAUUAGUUGCCGGGAAAGGGGCUGUGAUAUUUGCAGGCUUGUUCUCUUGCCAGAAUCAAUCCAAGAGCUACUUGAUAUUGGUGCAAAGAAAUUUGGGUUCUGUCCAACCAGGGUUUUUACUAAAGAUGGGGCUCUAGUUGAAGAUAUCGCUGUAGUGAGAGAUGGUGAUCAUCUUAUUCUGGCUGGUGAUGAAAUUGACAGGUCAAGAAGCUCAUGAAAAUGGAGUUAAAAGAGCCGAAACACAUUGUUAUCCUACCCACAAGCCACAUAUUUCAUGGAUUAGUUCAAAAUCCCACGUAACACAAUUUUGUUAGAUGAAUAUAGAGCUUCGGUUCUUUUGCAUGGCAUCCCCUCCUUGGCCACCACCUAGUCAGGCAGGAUAUUUGAUAUGGCGCAAGCGAGGCAUUUGUGCCUGCUGAUGAUGGCCAAGAGCUAUGGUUUAAUCAUUUGUAUGCUUGGCCUUCGGAGAAUGCAGAGUUAAGAGAUAGUUGCAGGCUGGUAGUUGAGUUAUUUAUCUGAUCUUCAGGGUGGAAGAGAUGCUUAACAGUUCGAUAAAAGAAAGAAGGCAUUACAAUUAUAAUUUUCUCUAUAUAUUUGUCUUCAUAAACUUUUCUUGUACCAGCCAUGAUGUUGAAUGCCUUAUGUUUUAUACAGAAGCUGCAGUCUAUAUGAAGUCCUAUUGUUGGAACAAAAUGAAAGCAAUGCAUAUUAUUACAGAAUACUCGUGUUGUGAAACAACAGCAUAGAUUAGACACAAAAGGCA